GUUGCCUAGGAGACCGAGAGUAACUCCAGUGGUGCGGCUGGCGCGCUGAGGCUAUGGCCACGUUAGCCCGGUUGCAAGCUCGGUCGACGACUGUAGCACAUCAGUACUACUACAGGAACAGCGUUGUGGAUGUAUUUCGAAAAAAGGAGAAUGAUGCAGCAGUUAAAAUCCAGAGCUGGUUUCGAGGAUGUCAAGUUCGAGCAUAUAUCAGGUACUUACACAGAGUAGCAACAAUUAUUCAGAAACGAUGGAGAGGUUACUUAGGCAGACAACAUUAUCAACUAAUUGUGAAGUUAGCAUAUUACACUAUGAAGAUGAAUCUCUACAAUGCAAUGGCUGUCAGGAUUCAGAGGCGAUGGCGAGGCUAUAAGAUUCGGAAAUACUGCUUUAAUUAUUUUUAUUUGAAGGAGUACCUGAAAGCUGUUUCAGAGACCAAUGAUGCAGUUAGGAAGGCUCUGGAGGAGUUUGCAGAGAUGAAAGAAAGGGAAGAGAAGGCGGACCUGGAAAGGAAGGAGAAAAAAAGAGAUCACCAAGCCCGAAAGAUGCAUUACCUCCUCAGCACAAAGCAGAUUCCAGGUAUAUACAACUCACCUUUCAGAAAAGAUCCUGAUCCAUGGGAGUUGCGGUUACAGCAGGCAAAGCCUUUAACACACCGAAGACCUAAAGUGAAGCCGAAGCACUCCGUCAGCCUUAGCAGCUGGCUGGCUUGCACAAGUGCCCGGUCCUUUCCUCGGUCCGGAAUUCUGCCACCCAUUGAUAGGAAACGAUGUCAGGGACCCUUCCGCGAUGUCUCUGAAGUGUGGGAACAGCGCUACAAGCCUCUGGAACCGACGCUGCGAGUGGCCGAACCGAUGGAUGGGCUAUAUGAGGCCAGAGCACAGCUCCAGAGACAGGAAUGGAUGCGAAAUGUGAAUGACAAUAUGUUUUUGCCAUUUUCUUCCUACCAUAAAAAUAAAAAGUACAUCCCGACAAUGCAUUUAUCAAGCAAGUAUGGUCCUGAUGCUUAUGGAAGUCAACAUUUCCGAGAUGAAAAUCCUAAGAAAUGGAUCUGUGACAAGGAUUUCCAAACUGUAUUGCCAUCAUUUGAUCUCUUCUCACAGUACGGAAAAUUGUAUUCAAAAGCUGGACAAAUUGUAUAAAGG